CUUUUCACUAUAAAAAUAUCCAAUCUUUCUCGACUGCACAUGCACUUAGCCACCUCCACUUCUCAAUUUCUUCUUUGUUUUCCAUACUCUGGACAUUAAAUAUACUACUAUUAAUUAGCUCAAGGCAUAUAUAUUGCUCCUUUAGCUUGGAAGGAAAAAUAAUGGUGAAGUCUACAAACUUCUCAAAGCAGCCAAACCAAAAAAGAAGCAGUGAAGAAUCGGCUGAUCCUCCUUUUGAAGAAACAUAUAAGAAACUUUUUGAUGAGAUAAGAAUUGGAAAGGGGGCUUCAAAAAUAAACUAUCAAAACCUGUUUGUUGUGGAAGAAUGGGAGUUGCCUUUGAUAGAUCUUGAGUUACUAAAGGGAAGAGAAUUUGAGAGAGAAGAAUGCAAGAGAAAGAUAGGAGAAGCUUCAGAAGAAUUGGGAUUUUUUCAAGUUGUGAACCAUGGAAUCUCAAAGGAAGUAUUGUCGAAAAUGAGGAAGGAACAAAUGAAGAUUUUCAAGAAGCCAUUUGAUGAGAAAAUGAAUAUUGACAAGGAACUAAAUUUCUCGCCAGGGAGUUACCGGUGGGGAACUCCUUCAGCUACUUGCCUUCAACAACUUUCUUGGUCCGAAGCAUUCCAUGUACCUCUCACUGAUAUCUCCAAUUCAACUCAUCAUCCUACUACCCUCAGUUCUACAAUGGAACAGUUUGCAACAUCAGUAUCUGAAUUAGCACAUAAUUUAGCAAGAAUUUUAUCGGAGAGAAUGGGAUAUAAGUCGAAAUAUUUCAGAGAAACAUGUUUGCCACACACUUGUUACGUUCGAAUGAAUCGAUAUCCAGCAUGCCCUAUUUCUCCACAAGUGUUUGGAUUAAUGCCACACACUGAUAGUGAUUUCCUCACAAUAUUGCAUCAAGAUGAGAUUGGAGGGUUGCAGUUAGUAAGAGAUGGGAAAUGGAUCUCUGUUAAGCCUAACCCUGAAGCACUUAUUAUCAACAUUGGAGAUUUGUUUCAGGCUUUGAGCAAUGGUGUUUAUAAAAGUGUUGAGCACAGGGUUGUUACAAAUAAAGCAAAAGAGAGAUUCUCCACUGCAUUUUUCUUAUGCCCAUCCUAUGAUACAGAAAUACGAAGUUGUUUUGAGCCUUCUGUUUAUAGAACAUUUACCUUUAGAGAAUUCAGACAACAAGUCCAAGAAGAUGUUAAGAAAUUUGGUUAUAAAGUAGGUCUCCCUAGGUUUCUUGUCUCAACUGACUAAACUCAAAUUAUUUUUGGUAGUAAUUAAAAAUGCAUAUAUAUAUAUAUGGUCACAUUGACGACCUUUUAAAUAGUGUACGUACGUAUAGAAAAAAUGUAUAAGUUAGUCUUUCUCUUUUUGAGUUUUAAUUUAGUAAGGUCCAUAUCUUAUAUAUAUAAUCCCUAGCUAUAUAAGUAUUAAUUACUACAUUGUACUAUGUAAGCAGAUGAGUGCGAGCUA